UAUAACUUUUGGUGAUUUUAGUUUCGCUCUGCUCUCCACAAUUUCCCCCAUUUCACUGUGUAAUCAGCUAGCUUUUUAUUAAAUAAAAGGGGAACUCGUUACAUUCCAUUUAAAACAUGCUUUAAUGUAAGUCUUGUGUUGUGUUGUUGUCUGAACCCCUUCCUCCUCCUCCUCCUCCUCUGCAGUGGUUUGCUCCCUCUAGUGGCGGUGAGCUCGCAGCCGUGCAAGAUUUCACACAGCGCCGGUGUCCGUCCCCACAGUCACAGUGAAAGUUGUCUCCGCUCAGCGAGGCAGGGGAGUCGGGACUCGCUAGUUUUGCACCGCCGCUGCUUCACAGGCUUUCUCCCGGAGACAUGAGACGGAAAGAGAAGCGGCUGCUGCAGUUCGCCGGGCUGCUCAUAGCGGCUCUUCUUUUCCUCCCCAAUGUAGGGCUGUGGUCUUUGUACAGGGACCGAGUCUUCGACAACUCGCCCGACACAGUGGACGGUCCGGGCGGCAUCCCGCAGAUACAGGGGGUGAACCGCAUGGGGAAGGACACCCAGGUGGGACGAGACGGCGUGCGGAGGAAAGACUGGCACGACAACGACGCAAUCAAAAGAGACGCCUCUCGAUCCGGUAACGGUGAACAGGGGAAGCCAUUCCCCCUGACAGACGCUGACCGGGUCGACCAGGCCUACAGGGAGAACGGCUUCAAUAUUUAUGUCAGUGACAGGAUCUCCCUCAACCGCUCCCUCCCUGACAUCCGCCAUCAAAACUGUAAACAGAAGCUCUAUUCGGAGAAGCUGCCUAACACAAGUAUCAUCAUCCCAUUUCAUAACGAGGGCUGGUCAUCGCUGCUGAGGACCGUUCACAGCGUACUCAACCGCUCUCCUCCACAGCUCCUCGCAGAGGUCAUCCUGGUCGACGACUUCAGUGACAAAGAGCACCUAAAGGUGGCACUAGAGGAGUACAUGGUGCGGCUGCCGAAAGUUCGCAUCCUGAGGACCAAGAAGAGGGAGGGUCUGAUCAGGACUCGCCUGCUGGGAGCUGCUGCUGCCAAGGGAGAGGUCAUCACCUUUCUGGAUUCCCACUGUGAAUCUAAUGUCAACUGGCUGCCUCCACUGCUGGACCGAAUCGCUCAGAAUAGGAAGACUAUCGUGUGUCCGAUGAUCGACGUCAUUGACCAUGACAACUUCGGCUACGAGACACAGGCAGGUGAUGCCAUGCGUGGGGCGUUCGACUGGGAAAUGUAUUACAAACGGAUCCCCAUUCCCACAGAGCUGCAGAAGGAUGACCCCAGUGAACCAUUUGAGUCACCAGUGAUGGCAGGUGGGCUUUUUGCCGUGGACAGGAAGUGGUUCUGGGAGCUGGGAGGAUAUGACACGGGUCUGGAGAUCUGGGGCGGAGAACAGUACGAGAUCUCCUUCAAGGUGUGGAUGUGUGGUGGUCGAAUGGAGGACAUCCCUUGCUCUAGGGUAGGACACAUCUACAGGAAGUACGUCCCUUACAAAGUUCCUGGAGGGGUCAGCCUAGCCAGGAACCUGAAACGUGUGGCGGAGGUGUGGAUGGAUGAGUACGCCGAAUACAUCUACCAGCGUCGGCCGGAGUAUCGCCAUCUGUCCGCAGGAGACAUGGUGGUGCAGAAGGAGCUGAGGAACCGCCUUAACUGCAAGAGCUUCAAGUGGUUCAUGAGCGAGGUGGCCUGGGAUCUGCCCAAACACUACCCACCGGUGGAGCCUCCUGCUGCUGCAUGGGGAGAGGUUCGUAACGUGGGCAACAACCUGUGUAUGGAGACGAAACAUUUUGUAUCGGGGAGUCCCAUCCGCCUGGAGAGCUGUGUGAAGGGAAGGGGCGAGGUGAGCUGGAGCCACGGACAGGUGUUCACGUUGGGAUGGAGAGAGGACGUCCGGGUGGGUGACCCCAUACACACUAAAAAGGUUUGCUUCGACGCCAUCUCACACAAUAGCCCCGUCACCCUGUACGACUGUCACGGCAUGAAGGGCAACCAGCUGUGGCGCUACAGAAAGGAUAAGAGUCUGUUUCACCCAAUCAGUAACAGCUGUAUCGACAGCAGCCCAAAUGAGCGGCGAAUCUUCAUGAACACGUGUGACCCCUCCUCCCCUAGCCAGCAGUGGCUGUUUGAGAGAACCAACGCCACGGUGCUGGAGCACUUUAAUCAGGGUGCCAACUGAGGCCCUGCAGCGUCCAAGAGAAAAGACUUGAGAUGCAUGCAGACGUGGAUCUGCUGCUGCUGCUGCUGUGAAAUGGGGUAUUACAUUUACUCUGGUUCCCCGUUUAACCUGACGCUGAGGUGACAGCUGUUUCUCUUUGGGCUGCUCAGAGUGAGGCAGGAUGGGAUACCGCGGGGGAAGUUGGUUAAACACAUCAGUUAGAGGAAUGACUGGGUUGAUCUUUGAUUGAUGGGUUUGAGUUUAAAAGUGACUUUGUGUGUGAGAUGUAUUCAUUCUGUCACGGCGUUGCUGCGGCAGUGGGUCUGCCUCACUUCCUGAUUUUGCUUGAUUGGUUAUCUGACAUUCCUCUACUCUCUUUUCUCAAUCCUUUGUUUUUAUUUCAAUUUUUUCUGCCGUUAUUUAUUUGAAGUGUUUCCCUUUAUGUUCUAUGGUUUCUGUUUGUUUUUUUCUGUAUUUCCUUGCUCUGUCUGUCUGCCUUUAUCCUCCGUCUCCAUCUCUUUCCACCUACUGUCUCUCCUGGUCCGCCUCUCCCUGCGUGUCCGUCUCUAUCUGCCUGCAUGACUGCACCUUUGCCCACCUUCUCCAUUCACCCUCUCAAAUCCCCUUAUGUCUCUCCAGCACUGACAACCUCCCUGGGGUGGGUGGUGGGAUGUGGGGGGGCAUUGCUGCUGAGCCAAAGUCAUCCUGACACCUGGGUGAAGCCAGGCAGAACCACUCUGAAAAUCACCUGGUGAAUUGAUUCUCCUUUACGACCCUCAUUCACCCUCCGUUCCCUUUACCGUGUCCUCUUCCCUGUUGGCCGUCGGUUUCUCCUCAACUGCUCUCCUCCUCUCUGUGGCCGAUGUGUGCAGAGCUGCUUCAUAUGUAGCAAGUGGAAGCUGACAAAGAAAGCGCAACGGAUAUUUAUUUUUUUCUUGCGUUCUACUUUCCUCUCUAUUAGUAGUCAUUUGCAGGUUUGUCACUGUGUAAGCAGUAUCUAACACCAGGGUUGUGUGAUUAACUAACUCUGGCUAAGGGCUUCUUGUUUGUCAUGGUGGAUGUGGAAGCUGCUGUCACACCUCUUUAUUUCUGUGUGCCCUUCGCUGCUCCCCAUUCGGCUCUACCACUCAGUCGCCAGAAGGACCUUGUCAUAGACAGCUGAGCACGGGGUCACAGCGUAACGCGUAGCAGCGAGUUGACUAGCUUUGUGACUGGCAGGCCAGCAGACAUGCAGCAGACCCACCUGAUUGGCCAGCUGCUGAGCUGACACAUCACUUUAGCGUACAAUGUGCGCAAGAGGAGAGACGAACAGGGGUGAACAGAUUCGCCGAGGUAGCUCUAGGAGACAAAUGUGGAAGUUUAAAAUGCAUAAAGCACUUGUGUUAUGAUAAACUUGAAUGAAAUCUUAGUGCCUUGUUGGAAGAGUACUAGUACUAGAUUUACAGGAAGUGUGUGCGUGUGUGUAUGUGUGGUCCAAAGUGUCCAGAGCAGUUUAGGGAACAAUUCACUCAAUUAAGAGAAUGACUUUUUCAGAAAAAACUGGGAAUCUUCUCAAAAGUCUCAUUUGGAAUUGAACAUGGAUUGACCUGGACUCCAGUGCAGGGCAUCGAAGGCACUGCUGGCUUUGUGACUCUUGUUCGGCUUUCUAAAUGAACAUACAUGUAACUGCUGGCUGUGAAUAGAGCUAAAGAGACUUUUUUCCACCAUAUUUUCUCCUGCCUUGAAAACUGAACCCUAAGAAGACCUUUUUAUUAUAUUUGAAUCAUGACAUGAUGCUGUUGUGUUGUUGUUCUUUUCCUACCUGUUCAAUCCAAAGUACUUUUAUGGGGAAAGAGGAAUUAUCAUUGCUUUUUUCGUUUUUCCAUCCACCUUCUAGUUCCUUUUUUAAUGACAUUUUCUUUCAUCUUUGAUUUGAUCCUGUGGUUCAGCUGAUGUUGAAUUGUGUUUGAAUUCCUGUUCAACGUGAUGUUUUGGGAUGUUCUGCUUUGUCGCUUGCACCAAUUCUUUAAUCCGAUUUUGUGAAGAAGAACAAUGUACAGUGUGUGCUAUUUUAAUCAGCAGUUCCAGGUACUGUGCUCUAUUAGAUUUCAGCAGUCAGUUGUAGACCAAAAAGAAAAGUCAUAUCCUCCAAAAUACUUACAUAACAGCAACAAACGUACAUUUAAAAAAAAAAAAAUCCGGAAUGGACUUUCAGAUUUUGUGAUUAUUAACUCAAACAUCAAUCUCAUAUGGACAGUUUUGCUAACAAAACCUUUUAAUAAUCGUAAACAUGUAUCCUUCACAAAAAUAUCAAACAGGAGUCCUUACAUAGAAACAUGAAAAUGACAAUGCAAAGUGAUAUUAGCUCAUCAAACAUGUCCGAUCAUUCAUCUAUUAAAAUGUUAUAAAGAAAUGUAUUAUUACACGUGGAUAAAUUACAGUGCUGGGUCACCCACAGGAUGAAUCCUCCUCUACUAAAGCGAGAUUGAGAACACAUUAUUUUAGCGGGUUUAUAGUUGGUACUUAAACCCACCACGACACUGAAGAUGUUGGACAGUAACAGUUCAAAUAAAAAAGAUUGAUCUGAACUGUCAAGUAAGCUAGAUCCCUCAGACUGAAAGCUGAAAUCUGCUGGUAGGAGUAUUUUUUUAAUGGACUUGGAUACUGGCUCGACCACUAUUACACUUGCUAAUUAUAACGUCAUGAAGUCCCUUCAAUCAAGUGUCUACUUUGCUUUGCUAUCAAGUUUUUAAAUCUAAUUCAAAAGGUGACAUCAGAGGUUUUUAUUGAAAAAUGUUUAUGGAAACAGUAAUUAACAGUAUAUGCAUAAUGUUUACAUCCAUGUUUUAAGACUCCAUCAUAAAUGUAUCA